UGGCGUCGUUGUAUUCAAGUUUAAUCAAAAUGGCGGCAAUGAGUGUCGAGCAAAGUCAUCAAUUUCAUUCGAGCUUUCCUACAAUGAGUGAUCAAUAUAUUCCCGAAUGGAUGUCCCAGCACAUGACUGGUACUUCAAUUAUGGCAGUGGAGUUUGAAGGCGGAGUUGUUAUCGGAGCCGAUUCAAGAAGUACUACAGGAGUGUACGUAGCUAACCGUGUCUCAGACAAACUGUCUCGCGUCACCGACUACAUCUAUUGCUGUCGUUCGGGUGCUUCUGCCGACACCGAAGCCAUUACCGAUAUUGUUAGAUACCAAGUUGCUCUUCAUGAACUAGAAGUUGACGAGCAGUGUUUGGUAAAGACCGCCGCCAAUAUUUUUAAAGGAAUUUGCUAUAAUUAUCGUGAACAAGUUCUCGCCGCUAUUAUUUGUGCAGGAUGGGAUAGAAGAAAUGGUGGACAGGUGUAUUUAAUUCCUCUGGGCGGAAUGAUGGUAAGACAACCUUGUGCCAUCGGAGGAUCGGGAAGCUCUUACAUUUACGGGUUCGUGGAUGCUAAUUAUAGACCCAAUAUGGACAAAGAAGAAUGCGUACAGUUUGUUACUAGAGCUUUGGCACUUGCCAUGGCUCGCGAUGGAUCCAGCGGUGGCGUUAUACGAUUGGGGAUCAUAACGGAAAAUGGGAUGGAAAGACGAUUAGUUGACGAUCCACCUAAAUUUUGGGAAGGUUAAUACAUGUAUACACUAAUGUAUGACUUUAAAAAGGUUUUUUCUAAGUUGAAAUUAUUUUGAUUUAACUUUUAAUAAUAAAGCACCAACUUUCAGUUUAAA